AGCUCCGGACAAAACCUACAGUACUUCAUUUAUGCAUUCUUUUGAAAAAUCAUCACACGUUAUACUAUAUCCCCAUUUACCACCAUACCAGGUUAUUUUAUCCACUUGCUAUCCAUAUAUAUCACGUAUGCACAUCCAUUCACGCGCGCAAAGAACGUUGGUUAUUCAAAACUGUCAUGGUGGAUUUGUGCCAAUUUUGAAAGACCCGAAAAGGAUUUGUAAGAUACUAUUGAAAGAAUCCCCGAUCAACCUGGAAGCUUUUUAAGAAAGACAAGCACUAAGCCUGUUGAAAAUGCCGAAAAGCGUCAAAUACAAUGUUGGUGAUAAAAUUUGGGCGAAAAUGAAGGGUUACCCACAUUGGCCGGCCAGAAUUGACAUGGUUGAAGAUGGAACUAAGAUCCCCAACAAUAAACUACCAAUCUUCUUUUAUGGUACACAUGAAACUGCAUUUAUGCAAGCAAAAGAUCUGUGCCCUUAUGAAGAAAACAAACCUAAGUAUUAUCUUCCAAAGAAGAUUAAAGGAUUUCAAGAAGGACUGGAUGAAAUAGAAAAGAUGCCAUUGAUUAAAUUUGGCCCAGGAAAUAAGGAAAAAUCAAACAAAAAAGAUGAUAGUAAAAAUGUUAAGAAGGAGAGCAAAGCAGAGGUUAAAAAGGAAAUAAAAGAGGAGAGCAGCCCAAACAAAAAGCCUCAGAAAGAAAAGACAACGAUAAAAGAAAGCAAUGAAGAUAGUGGAACAGAAACACCUCCAACUAAGAAACAAAAAGUGUCAAAGAAAGAAGAUGCAAAAGAAGCGGAGUCUCCCAGGAAACGUAGUCGGACAAAGCAAAAUGAGGAGAAUGAAACCGAGACAAAUAAAAAAGAGAGUGAAGACGACAUCAUGACAAAAGAAGAAUUUCAAAGGAAACGAACGGAACGGAUUGAAAGAAAGAAAGAAAUGUUGAAAGAAAAGAAAAGGCAAGAAAAAUUACUGCAGAAGAAGGCAGAGAAGCUCGCAGCGGAGCAGUUGACCGCAGAGCGAGAAAAAGAAUUGCUAAAUAAAUUACCAACAAAUGAACAAAUCCUUGAAAGAUUUUUAUACGACUUAAAGGUCUCGCUUAGAGUCGAGUCUCCAGAUGUUGCAAGGUGUAUUAGAAUAAUCGGACAAAUUCAAAAUCUGGAUCUCACUCCAGAGAUGAUCAAAAACGCACCAGACUUAGUUUUAACCUUAAAAAGAAUUAGAAAGUACACGGGCAGUGAAGAUGUUGUGGAACGGGCAGGUCAACUGUAUCGCAAGUUAAAAUCCUAUUUCCUCGUCUCUUCUUCAGCAAAUGGAUCAUCGCCGGCCUCAGACAGCCCUGGAUUUCCAGGCUGAACUAUCUCUUAAGAACUCUCUUUCCUUCCCAUAUUCUAUCCGCUCGCCGUUUUCAACGUUUUUAAUUUUAUAAAUUAUGACAAGAUAUAGUCAGUUUUAAAGUUUGUACACUGUAACUUAUUGUAAGAACACGUGUAUAUCUUUAUAUCAGUUCAGGGACUUAUGACGUGUGUUGUAAUAUAUUUUGAGCGGUGAACAUUUAUAGAAAGCGCGUGUAAGGUAAAGAAGUCCAUUUCAGUUGGUUGGUGCCUGACGUUGUAUGGCCCUGGUACCCGAGGCACACGCAUGAACAAUCUUUUACGGAACACUGGUCAGUCGAGAUGAAAGAAUUAUUCUGUUUAAUCACAGAAAUAGUGAUAAUCGCAUAUGGUUGAGCAAAGAUUUCACCGACGACAGAUUCUAUUAUUAUUGUAACAUAUUAAAAUCUAUUUAUUUAAACAUUAUUGUAAUCGGGCUUUUGUAUAUGCAGGAAUAAAUAUAUA